AUGCCCCGUACGGAAGGGCAGGAGGAAGUCGGGACGACGAAGAGGAAGAAGACGCCAGGAGAUCCGAUCCACACGGAAGAUCCACGGCAACUCCUUCGCAUAUCGAAUGCUUCCAGUACGAGUGCCGCUCACCUUUCGCAGACGCUGAAGAGGAGUCGCGAGAGUGAUGCCGCAGCGGCUACGAGCAGCCCUUCUGAGAGUGGCAGUGGUGAUGGUAGCGACGGCGUUAAAUCAGAAGGUGAGGAUUUUGAAGGCGAAAUGAGCGAUAUCGAUCGCUACUGCCAGCAUGCGGCAUUAUUCUCCAACAGUAGGGGCGUAGAUUAUUUUUUGAAUGGCAUGCCGUCCACGGAACCAUUGCGAAGAAGAGCUGACGACCACCAGUUUAGCGGUGGCGAAUACUCACUUCCUUCGCAGGAAAGCGAGGCCCUGCGGACAAAUAUGGUGAUGUCUUCAAUGGGGAACACAUCACUUGAGACACGUGACAUCAGUGGGGACGAUGCCACGAAAGCAAUUGUAGCUUGUGGUUCGCCCAUGGAGAGGGAGGCACAGGCAUUUUACACUCACCACCGCAUGGCCCCUUCGUUCGAUGAAACCACCACGAAUACUACUGUGGGCACGGAUGAAUGUCGGUCGACGUGUCAUAUCCGCUGUCUCUACUGUCAGAGCUUAAUUACGGUGACGCUGGAUAGUAAUGGCUCUGUGGAUGAUGGGAAUCAAAAAGGGAAAGAGGAUGACAACUUGGAAUCCCCCUCCCAGCAUGUCACUGGUGUACAGACAGAGCAGACGAGAGAAUGUAAUUACUUAACAAUAAGGAGGUCAGGCCAUGAUAUGGUCGAUUCACAUGCCACGCUGCGGCGACAGGGAUGCUCCACAUUGUAUGAUAGACGUCAUCAGCACCAUCGCCGCCAAGAACAAGAACAGUUUCAUACAUGCACGGGGUCCAAUGCACAUUUCAAUGCAAAAAUAGAGGAUGGUGCUGCGAAAUCCAUGGGGAAUAUGCGUCAAGACUGGCGACACCAACAGAAUCAAGGACAACAACAAGAACAACGGGAAAACCCCCGACAGAGAAAAGAAUCACAGGAGGGGAGCAUCAGUAGUAACACCGUUACCUCUCUCUUCCCAUCAUUACCAACUUUUAGUCCCACUUCUUUUGUGCGUGCGUAUGUCGGGGAGGGAAAUUAUCCUUGGGAGGCAACGCUUGAUAACCGACCUGCCCUUACUGUCUCAUGCUGCGUGGCGGCAAUGAACUGGGUAGUCGUUCAGUUUCUGCAGUAUCACGUUUUGGACACUCGUGACCACUUAGGGCUUUUUGUUAUUGGAACCUAUAUCAUAUUCUCUAGUUACUACAUGACCUACUACUUUUUGGAGCGUUAUUCACUCUCAUUCGCCCGUAUAUCUCAUGAUAAGAAGUUGUACACCAUUGCGAACCUUAUAAAAGCCGGCAUUCUUGUCUCAUUGGUUCCCUUUGCGACUUCACACCUGGGAAAUAUUAUUAUGUUUGACGUUUGGGACACAAAUACACUUCGCAAUCUUGGCUGUAUUUAUACUAUUCCUGACUUUGUCUCCAUGAUUGUGGUGAAGCGAAUGAGUUGGUCCACGUGGAUACAUCAUCUGUGUGUUCUGUUGUUUAACUUUUUUAGCACAACAAACGACUACUCUCAGGAAAACAUUUGUCGUUGUGUUGUUGUUUACGCGGCUUUCUCAACAUUUGCGUAUUGUGUAAAUGUGUUACUUGCGUCGCGCUUUCUUGGUGUUUCACCCAACGUCGCACGUGUACUCUCCGUCGUUGCUGUGGUGGUUUACAUUUUUUGUUGUGCUACCAACUGGACAUGGCAGGUGUAUUACCUGCGGAAGCUGAUUCGAGAUAGGCAUGGCCACUGGACCGUGUAUGCGUACAUGCCUUUGAUGUUUUUGGUCAUGUAUGAUGACAUUACUUUGAGUAAAUGGCUUCUUCAUAAUGCCAAAAGCACAGCGUUUGCCGCAGCUAAUUACAGGGAACACCAGCACCGGCAACAACAACAACAACAACAACAACAACAACAACAAAUGGCCGCUGCAAGGGUUAGCCAUCGUAUGUGA